AUGUCCUACUAUCCAGGCCAAGGCUACCACAACCAAUAUCCUCCUCCGCAGCAAUACGGUCCUCCGAAUGGCUACGGUGCUCCUCCUCCUCCGUAAGCAUUUAUACUCGUUUCCGACGCGUCAAGUAGCAACCAAGACCUGACAGUGUGUCGAUAGACAAUAUGGCGGUCCUUCGCCGCAACCAGGGUGGAACGGCGGCUACGCUCCCCCUCCAGCGCCGGGCUACGGCCAACCUCCUCCAAACUACGGCCAUUCUCCUCAACCUCCGAUGAACGCCGGCUAUCCACCUCCGCAGCAGUACCAGCAACCGCCGCCUCAGCAAGGUGGUUACGGACGCCCUCCACCACCACCUACAUCACAGCAGGGCUUCGGCCACGGUGCUCCUCAGGGUUAUACUUUCCAGUAUUCGAAUUGCACGGGACGCCGGAAAGCAUUAUUGAUCGGCAUCAAUUACUUCGGACAACGAGGCCAGCUGCGAGGAUGUAUCAACGAUGUGAAGAACAUGUCAUCGUAUUUGAACGGGCACUUUGGCUACAAAAGAGAAGACAUGGUUAUCUUGACAGACGACCAGCAAAAUCCCAUGAGUCAGCCAACUAAAGCCAACCUCCUUAGAGCCAUGCAUUGGUUGGUGAAAGACGCCAGACCUAACGAUUCCUUGUUCUUCCACUACUCUGGCCACGGCGGUCAGACCAAGGAUUUGGAUGGCGACGAGGAGGACGGAUACGAUGAGGUCAUCUACCCCGUUGACUUCCGACAGGCUGGACAUAUUGUUGACGAUGAGAUGCACCGUAUCAUGUGAGUUCCAUGGCACACGAAGAGUCACGUACACGACUGACGUCGCUAGGGUACAAUCGCUUCAGCCCGGUGUGAGAUUGACGGCAAUCUUCGACUCUUGUCAUUCCGGUUCAGCACUCGACCUCCCAUACAUCUACUCCACCCAAGGUGUCCUCAAAGAGCCAAACCUUGCCAAGGAAGCUGGACAAGGCCUGCUCAGCAUUGUCUCAUCAUACGCCCGUGGCGAUAUGGGAGGUAUUGCCUCUACCGCCAUGGGUCUCUUCAAGAAGGCUACUAGUGGUGGCGACACUUACGAGCGCAACCUGCGCACAAAGACUAGUCCGGCGGAUGUCAUCAUGUGGAGUGGCAGCAAGGACAGCCAAACAUCGUAUGUGGACCCACGUUUUGCUGACGAAUCCGAUAUGUCGCUCCCUGAGCCUGUGAUGGCUGCUCCGUGCUGGCAACCUUCAUGGCAGCACAGCAGUGUUCAGGGACAAAUCUUUGCGUGAUGUUGAUGCGAGAGCUCCUGUGAUGCAUAUGAGCGUGGCGUUGGUGGCGUUUGCUGAGCUUUAUAAGCUCUGGCACAAGUCGCAGUAUUGUGUUUAGUGUAGCGUACACUUUCUGACGUCCCUCCGCCUUGAGGAGCCCUACGUGGCGGCCUCAAGGGGGAGGGACGAUGAGUUGCGUUGGCACUAUCGCAUGACGCCACGACAGGAGCUCUCGCCGGUCACUUCAAGCGAUAUGAAAGUGCACGUGCUGACACAUUAUAUUCUUAGGGCCGAUGCCAGCAUCGCAGGACAAGCUACCGGCGCCAUGUCGUGGGCGUUUAUUACGGCUCUUAAGAAGAACCCACAACAGAGCUACGUGCAGCUUCUCAACAGCAUUCGCGAUGAGCUUCAAGCGAAGUACUCUCAGAAACCGCAGUUGAGCUGCAGUCAUCCUCUUGGUACGCAUCCUCCCCAUUGGCUGCCAAUGCGUUGUCGAGGCUAACUUUGUCGACAGAUACGAAUUUGUUAUAUGUGAUGUAA